UAUUUAUUGACAAAUGACAAGUCAUGACAUUUAAUUUUAAUCACAUUGAAUUGAAAUAAAACUGAAUCAGUGCAAGCAAAUGCAAUUACAUUACUUUAGAGCGGUCUCUGUUUAUAAAAUUUAGAAUAACUAAAGAACGAUGGCUGCAAAUCCAUUAUUCGGAUGGGACCUAACUUUUAAGACUGUUGAAAAAGAUGUUAAACGCAAAUCUGAUAUUCUUAUAGCUUUUAUUCAUUGGAAUCUGACUAAAAGAGGUUUUAGAAGUAUUGGAAUAGGUGAUGAGAGAACGCUAACUGGUGAAGAAGAGAAAACGGAACUUCUUCCAAGUGGAUGGAAUGAUAAGGACAACUAUACUUUAAGAUAUGUUUUGGAUGAAAAACUGUACAUUCUUCAUGGAAUCAACACAGAGGGCAAUCUCAUCAUCAAUCUUUUGAGAUCAGAAGAUCUGACAGUCUCUAAUUUGGCAGUCAACAUUGAAGAUUCUAUACAUGCAAUGAAUGGGAAUAUUGAUAAAUUGAUUCCAAACCACAAGGAUCUCAUGUACAACAUAAAAAGAGAUCUUAUAGACACAAUCACUCAGAGACCUACUACAACUGUGCAAACACAAACAACACGAGAUAAUACAAAUGACAGAAGGCUUGAAAGUGAUCCAUUGAGAGUUCCGCCACGACCCUUGCCAUGUGUGAAUCCAGACAAUCAUGACUUAUGGGAAUUACCUUCUGCCCAACUUCCUAAUGUGGGCCGAUCAGAUUUAGAUCCUUUUGCUCCUGGCACUGGUGGUAUGAUUUUCAAUCCAUUUGGACCGCGAAGAGAUGUCGAAAAUCCAGGAUUAGGUAUACCAGGAGGGCUUCCUAGAGGGUCGGUACCGCCAGGAGCCCGUUUCGACCCGUUCGGUCCACCACCGGGCGCCGCGCCCCCGCCCGGACGCCGUCCGCCUCCAGACGCAGACCACUUCCCACCUCCCGGCUUUAAUGAUCAUAUGUUCAUGUAACAAUCAUUUAUAAAAAUAUAUUUACUGUGGUUCUAUAUGAGAAACAAAACUGUUUUGUUAUGUG